AACAAGGGCGUUUUCUGGACCGUUUCAAACCUCUCGGCAGUCUCGUAACAUCUCCUUUAUUUUGCGUGUAGAGUUGAGACCUCACAAUUUAACAAAAUGCUACACAAAAGUGUGUUUCUUUUGUUUGUCGCCCUGGCAGCAUCUGCCUAUGACACGGACCAAGAAGGAAGCUCGUCCAGAAGAGCGCGUUUUUCAUCCAACAGUCCGUCUGAUGUAGCUCGUUGUCUCAAUGGUGCUCUGCAAGUGGGCUGCGGCACCUUUGCUUGUCUGGAGAACUCUACCUGUGAUACAGACGGCAUGCAUGAGAUUUGCAACAACUUUCUUAGUGCUGCUGCUGUUUUUAACACACAGGGUAAGACUUUUGUGAAGGAAAGCCUGAAGUGUAUGGCUACUGGCAUCACUGCCAAGGUCUUCCAGUCCAUCCGCCACUGCCCAUCCUUCCAAAAGAUGAUCGCUGAAGUGCAAGAGGAUUGCUACAGCAAGCUGGACAUCUGCAAGGUGGCUCGCACCAACCCAGAUGCCAUCGGAGAGGUGGUGCAGGUGCCCAUGCACUUCCCUAACAGGUAUUACAGCACUCUCCUGCAAAGCCUGAUGGAGUGCGACGAGGACACUGUGGCGACUGUGCGUGCCGGCCUGAUGUCCCGCCUUGGCCCCGACAUGUACACCCUCUUCCAGCUGCUGCAGAACAAGCCCUGCCCCUCCGACGCGGCCGGUGCCGGACACGCGGGCAUGGAGGGGCGCGGAGGCUACCGCUGGGCCAUGGCCCCCAUGUUCAAGAUCCAGCCCAGCCUGCGCACCCGCGAUCCCACCCACCUGUUCGCCAAGAAGCGCUCCAUCGAGGAGAGUCCCUAACUCUGAGGAGGGCGCUGUGAGGAGGGUGUUGUGAUGGCGUAGGCCUCCAUAAGAUGCACACAUGAUGUCACUUCCCACACACACUUGCACACACACACACACACACACAUAUUCUCAGAAUGCAGUUUCUCACUUUUGUCAUUAUGCACACUUCUGCUGCAGUCUUCCCACUUACAGAAACAAUCACGUAAUGUAUUAAUACAGCCUUCAA